ACCGAGACCGGACAGAGCUAGCUCGCCCGCAUUGCCGUAUUCGUCUACCAGCGUGUCAGGUCUAUUCGGCGAGCCAUUUAGGGAACGCAUAUUCGGGGUCGGGGUGUUUCGUCCACUUGUCGGCUCGCGAAAAGAGUUCCGAUUUCGACGGUCGUCACGUUGUUAGAGGGAUCGCUGCAGGUCCUCAACAUCGUCGAUUUGAAGAAUCGUUUUCCCGCGCUUGGCACGGAAUCCACUUUCACCUGUUAAACGCCACUCUCUCUCUUUCUCUCCCCCUCUUUCUUUCAACGUGACCUGUUUGCACGUGUACGUCGAGUUGUCCAUUGUCUCUUGUUGCUCUCUCACAGCGGAAAUCGAUCGCACUUCGGAGUCGACGCCGGACUGAAAUUCUGAUUACCCUCGUAUAUUCGUGCGGCUCCAUUCUGGAAAGAAAUCCCACGUUACAAAUGAUGAAAGGGCGUCAUCAGUUUCGCCGUCGCUUCAGCUUACAACCUUCGGCGCACAUGAAAGAAGGACAAGAGGAUGGACCAACAAAGAAUGUUAGAAAUGAUAGGCUGACAGAGACGGAUAGCGGCGGUGGAAAGUCAUCCGAGAGCUCGAUUAGGCACAAAAUCGUGGUGAUGGGCGCAGCGAAAGUCGGCAAAUCAGCGAUAAUUAACCAGUUCCUUUACAACACCUUUACCCCGAAAUACAAGCGGACCGUUGAAGAAAUGCAUCACGGGGAUUUCAAUGUCUCCGGGAUUCACUUGACUCUCGAUAUUCUUGAUACGUCCGGCUCAUACGAAUUCCCAGCGAUGAGAGAUCUUUCUAUCAAAUCGGCCGAUGCCUUCGUUCUGGUCUACGACGUUAACGACUCUAAUACGUUUCUCGAGGUCAAAACCCUUCGGGCCCAGAUACUCAGCACGAAAGGAGCCGUUCCAAUAGUAGUUGUUGGCAACAAGAUUGAUCUUGUAGAGACAGAACAAGAGGUGGAAACUGAGAGUACAAGAGAGCUUGUAACCGUGAAAUGGGAAAAUGGUUUUGUGGAAGUAUCUGCGAAGGAAAACUUAAACAUCUCUCAAGUGUUUAAGGAGCUUCUUAUCCAAGCCAAGCUAAAGUAUAAUCUGAGCCCGGCACUACAACGUCGCCGUCGGCAAUCCUUGCCACCUCCACAGCAUCUGAACUCGCGGAGCAGCAGCAGUACCCAUGUGCCAUCCCCAGCUCAGUUGCAACAUUUGCAACAAAUUCGCGAGCGCUCCGAUUCCAAAAGAAACUCCUGUAUUUUGUCGUAAGGCGAAAACCCUUCGGCGCGUUGCCGCGAAAAAUAUUUUUUAAUAAUUCCAUUGAGUCGACACCGAAUCAGUUGACGCGUCUAAUUUCAUAAAAUUCUUCAAUUGUUAUAUGGCAGGCAAUUAAUUGACCAGAUUUUACUUGCAGACUAUGGAUAUGAUAUAGACUUUGGAAAUUUGAUUACACAGAAUUUAGAUAACUUGCGUAAAUCCGCGAAAAAUAUAGCAACAAUUCGAUAUUCAUUCAUAAACUAUCAAUUAUAAAAUGUUUAAGGUCACAAGAAUACACUUAUUCAGAAAAGUUUUGUUCUCUCUUUCUCUCUUUGAUGUCAUUGUUUUCAUUUAUGGACCUUCUAUGGACCGAGCAAUGAAGCAUAAGUUUUAACGAAGAACAUAAACGUUGCAUAUUAUGUAAAAAUAUAGAUAUUACAAUAUUAUAAAUCGGAUGAUAAAAAUGAUAACUAAUACUAAAUCAAAAAUUAUACAAAAA